AUGGCUACUACCAUUCCGUCCCGACUGCUGAUCAUCGGUGCCACCGGGGUUAUUGGCAAAUACAUCACCAAUGCAAUUCUGUCAUCGAAAUCCCGCAUCAACAGCCUGUCACAGAUAUCUAUUCUCACUUCGCCUGCCACGGCUUCCAACCCCGCCAAGGAAGCUCUGUUGUCGUCUUGGAAGGAUCAAGGUCUGACGGUCAUAACUGGCGACAUCACUAGUGUGGAUGACAUCCGGAGUGCGUACAAGGAUGUCGACACUGUAGUUUCUUGUCUUGGCCGUGGCGGCUUGCUCGAGCAAAUUGAACUUUUAAGGCUGGCAGAGGAAAGUUCAAGUGUCGAAUGGUUCUUCCCCAGUGAGUAUGGGACAGAUAUCGAGUUCGACGAGACGAGCCCGGUUGAGAAGCCACACCAGAAUAAGCUCAAAGUGCGGGCUUUUAUUCGGGACAAUAUCAAGAAGCUCAAGGUCACAUAUGUCGUGACUGGUCCCUAUGCCGACAUGUUUCUCGAGUUCAAGGCCGGCUUCCCUGCCGCUGGAGGGUUUGACGUCAAGAAGAAGGAGGCAGUCUUGGUGGGAAGUGGAGAGGACAAGAUUGGUUUCACCACCAUGCCAGACGUUGGAAAAUUUGUUGUUGCAGCACUAUCAAAUCCCACUGCCUCUCAGAAUAAGGCUUUGAAGGUGCAGUCUUUUGUAACUACAGCAAAAGACAUCCUGGCCGAGUUUGAGGGCCAGACUGGGCAGAAGUUUGACGUCAAGUACACAUCCAAGGAGGAGCUACGCCAGGCAGAACAAAAACUCUGGAGUGAAGGCAAUCCUUCGGCCGCCACGUUCACCCUGAGAAGGAUUUGGGCGGAUGGAAAAACUCUCUACAACAAGACGGACAAUGAGAGCUUGGGGGUCAAGGUGGACGACUUGGAACCAUUGAGCGUAGUCGUUGCUAGGGCCGUCAGUGGAGAGGGUUAUUAA